CAAAGUCGCGGGAAGCAGUAGCUACAAUGAAACACUUGUAACAAUGAAAACACAUAUCAUGAAGCUAAGGAAACGGGCUAGAAUUUGACGUCAUAGCCAACAGGUUACUAACAGAGAUAUGUAGUCUAAGGAGCAAAGUCAGUAAACAGUGGUUUGAAAGCAACAAUAUGUUAACAUGGAGCAUGAUCUGAUCUAGUUCUUGUGGAGAAUUCUGUUUUAUUUAGUCGUUAUUUGACAGUAAAAUACCGAGACCCCUUCACGAGUUUAUAUUAAUUUUAAUUUUCUCAGAGCACUUUAUUUUGAAUAAUGACCAAGAACAAAGAAGUGACAACUUUGAGUUUAACGUGACUGAAUAAUGAUUGUGCGCGAUAUUGAGUUCUGGUCCCGGUCUAGUGGUCAAUCCGUAAACAAUGCUUAACCCGUUUACUCAUCACAUGCCAUCAGGUGAAAUUGUGUUUCUCAUCUUGACAAAACAGUACGUAUUCCAAACGAGAAACAAUUUGUAUUUGGCUCAGAAAACAAGGGUGCCUUUUUUCACCAAUCACAUCCGAAGAGGAUGGCAGCUAUAUCUGCAUUCUACCUCUAGGCGUUGAACAUUUAACUGUUUAUGCCUCGAGAGUAAAAUUUCAAACUUUGUAAGCACAACGGUCAACCGAAAUUCGGAGAAGAAGACGAACUUGAAUAAGCGAGGAAAAUAGGAGAAUAUUUGUACAGACAGUAAGGAGAUGGAUAACUUUGACAGUCGUCAGGAUAUUCGUGGACCUGGAACAAGCCUUAGUUCUAUAAUGGGGUUCAGUACUCCAGAAAGUGAUUUCUCUCUUCCAUUCGAGGAUAACUUGGCUCAUCUACUUGAUGGCUAUUUGACUAAUGAGAACAGAGUGUUCGAUAACAACGCAAGUAGAAACGCUGGAAGACUGGAUUCUAUAGAAGAUGUCAUCAAGGAACUGAAGAAAUUAAAGAUAAACAAGCUUCGACAAUGUCAACAGGAAGAACAGGAAGAGAUUCGGUCGUUGACACCACUCCACGUUGCAGCGGCGAUGGGUGAUGCACCCGCCGUUCGAAGGCUGGUGAUUGAAAGUGACUGUGAUGUAAAUGCAGUUUCAGUCGGACAGCGGACACCUCUAAUGAUGGCAUGCUCCUCAGGCCAUUCGGAUACCAUUCGUGCUUUGGUUCAUCUAGGUGCAAACGUGAACGCAAGCAGUGAAAGUGGAAUGACACCUUUGAUGUUUGCCUCUGUAAAUGACGAUAACAACGCAAUUCGUCUUCUUGCUAAAAGAGGGGCGAGAGCUAAUCAGAAAAGCCUCAUGGGUCAGACAGCUUUGCAUUAUUCUGCAUCUAAUGGUAGUGCAAACGCUGUACGGGAGCUUUUAAAGCGAGGAAGUGAUCUGGAGACGAGGACAAACGAGGGAUGUUCACCACUGCAUUUAGCAGUUUUAAAUGGACAACAAAACACGUUUGAAGAAUUAGUGGAAAGUGGGAGUGAUCUCGAGGCAAGAGACCAGUAUGGAUACACACCGAUGCAUUAUUCGGUUUUCUCUGGAAAGGCUCACAUAGCAAAGUCUCUUCUUAGCAAGCAAGCAGACGUCAAUGCAAAAGACAACAAUGACUUUGCUCCGAUACAUUUUGCAGCACAGACAAACUGCCUUGAAGUCGGUAAGGAACUCAUAAAACAUGGGACCAAAGUAAAUGCUCAGGCCAAGGAUGGGAUCACGCCUUUGAUGAUUGCAGCAUAUCAUGAUAACGUUCAAGUCGGAAGUUUGCUUGUAAGCCAUGGUGCAAAACGUAAUGCAAAGCAGCACACUGGGAAAACAGCUCUCCAUUUUGCCGCACUUAAGGGUAAUACCAUGUCCAUCAAGUUUCUCAUCGAUAAGGGUGCCGAUGUUGAUGCAGCGGACAAAAGUGGUAACACACCAUUGCAUCGCGCAGCUCAGCAUGGGCAACAAGAAACUCUCAAGUUACUCCUGCAUGCAGGUUGUAUGGCAAAUGAGAGGAAUAAUAAAAAGUUGACACCGCUGAUGAUUGCUUCAAAUAACGGCCAACUGAAAUGCUGCAAAUAUCUCCUUAAGGCUGGUGCAGAUUUACAUCUGUGUCACCAGGCAACUGGAACUACCUGUCUGCAUUUUGCAUCCGAAAGAGGUCAUUCCCAAGUUGUUAAUUUCCUGUUCGAAAAUGGCGCUGAUGCAUCUGCAAAAGACAAAUGGGGCCUCACCGCACUGCACAGGGCUUCCAAAAAUGGACACCUGGAAACAGUCGAAUGUUUGGUGUUAGGCGGAAGCGAUCUGAACUGUAAAGACAGUUGGGGUUACACGCCGUUGCAUCGCUCAUCCGAAAAUGGUCAUGCAAGCACAACGACAUUUCUUGUCAAUCACGGGUCUGUGGUCUCUGCUACUGACAAAUGGCACUUUACGCCGCUUCAUCGAGGCGCUGGUAAUGGUCACGUCAACGUUGUGCGAAUCUUGUUACUAUACGACAGCGAAAUACAAGCGAAAGAUCUUUGGGGAUACACCCCGCUUCAUCGUGCUGCAGAAAGAGGACAUACAGAUACCGCCAGAGUUUUAAUUAGAAGCGGAAGUGACGUUCGUGCCAUUGAUUUUCAAGGUUUCACUCCACUACACAGGGCUGCACAGAAUGGGCACAAAGAAACUGCCCAACUUCUUCUUCAAGAGGGAAGUGAUAUUAAAGCCAGGACACACGUUUUAAUGUUGUCCUCGAGUGUGAAAGCUUCACCAGCUUGCUCGACAAUUGACGGCGUCCCCAAUGAAGGUUACAAUAAAAACGGUCAUACGUCGCUCCAUUUAGCUUCACAGAACGGACAUAUGGAAACAAUCGAAUUACUACUGAGAGAUGGUGCUGAUCUCCAUGCUCUUGAUUACUGGAACUACUCUCCAUUACAUAGAGCAUCUGAAAAUGGUCACACUUCUGUUGUGGAAUAUUUGGUUCUACAAGGAAGCAACAUUCACCACAGAGACAAAUGGGCAAACACUGCUCUACAUCGAGCGGCACAAAAUGGACAUACAAGUACUGUUGAAUUAUUGCUGGCCCAUGGCGCAAAUUCACACACAGCGGACCAAACAGGGCUUACAGCCCUACAUUGUGCUGCCAAAUUUGGCCACAGAGACACAGUUCAAGCUCUGAUAGUGCACGGAGGGAGUAACAUUCACACUAAAGAUCAAUGGGGAGAUACACCUUUGCACCGUGCUGCUCAGAAUGGCCACACUGAGGUCGUACAAUAUCUUAUUCGGCAAGGAAGUGACUUGAAUGCGUUGAAUAAGGAGAAAGCGACUUCACUGAUACUCAGCGCGUACGGGGGCUUCGUAGAUACUUGUCGUGUUUUGAUUGACAAUGGCAGCACCAUCAAUGAUGCAAUGAACAAAGGACACACAGCUCUUCAUCUCGCUGCCCAAAAUGGCCACCCGGACACAUGCAAACUUUUAGCAACAAACGGAGGAGAUGUACAUGCUAAAGAUUUUUGGGGAUACACACCGUUACAUAGAGCUGCUCACAACAACCAUAAGGACGCGAUCGAGGCUUUGUUGACGCACGGUAGUGAUGUUACAUCAGCUGAUAAGUUUGAGUUUACUGCCCUACAACGCGCGGCGCAAAGAGGUCAUAGAGAGUCCAUGGAACUUCUUACAUCACAUGCAGUUGUUAAGAUGAGGAGGUACAGCUCCUUUGACCCUCCUAAAGACAGACAUGUUCACUUUGAGAAAGCGGAUUCGGACUGUAACACUUGCCGUAUGAUGGGUCUCUAUACAAUCCCAGAAGUCACUGAUGAGGAACAGUCUCGUGGAAGGAUCAACCGACAUAGAUUUCAAACAAUGUAGUGUUAUUAUCGCUGAACACUUCAGAAAUUAUUCACUGUAAAAACCAGACUGCUACGCGUGAACGUAAAAGAUAAAUACCAAGCAAUUCAUUGAAAGUCGUUUCCUGAACUGGACACGUGAUAGAAAAACGCUAUGUAUUAAUCAAAUGGGAGUGCGGUUAAUUACAUCAAAAAUGCCUAUUAAUUUAUACAUUAGUAUUGUCUCUUUUUGUACUUUACCAUUUCAAUAAAUCAAAUAAAAAGCUUCACAGCUGUGAGGUAUCAUGAAGCAAGUCGCAGUCUAGGAACAGCUUUGAAAGUAGCUUUUAGCUUAUUCUUAAAACUUAAACAAUCAUUUGGAAGCAAACUUUCUUCGAUCUAAAAGAGAUUACAACUUCGGAGGGGUUCUAGUAAGACUGACCGCCAAUAAUAAAACUGACUACCACUGUUCUACAUUGAAGUUAGAAUGUCUUAAUUUGGAAAGCAACAACAAAGAAAAAACGAUCUCCAAGUUAUACUGACAAAUUGUAAAUAAACAGCAGGUUAAUCCCAGCGCUCUGGGAACUAUAUACAAAUGGGAAUGUCUAGGGAGUGGAGUUGACAGGGAGGUUGAACGGCACAAGGCACUGCCUAAAAAGGGGUGGUGG